CACACCUCCCAUAUCCCCUACACGUUCUGCGCCACGUCACCCUCCGCCAGCCGUCUCACCGUCACUCUCAAGUCUCAAGUCUCAAUGACUCUGUCACUCCCAUGGGCACCCUAUCUCUGAAAUACUACUACUCCACUUCUACAUGAGCGCCACCGCACCCACCCGUCUUCGCUACCGCAGAACUCCUUCCUCCGACAGGUUUCUUGACGUCUUCUCCCAUCCCCUACCACGCUCCUCCCUUCCUGGACCUACCAAUCCCGAGGCCGGCGACGAGCUCCACGAAGACGAAAUCUUCUGGAUCGGAGGCUUUGAUGACCCUCCCAACACUGCCCCUGCUCGGAACCCCCUCUCCAGGCGCUGCGGCGCCCAGGGGACCUCUGGCAUCCUUGCAGCAUUGCCGGAAUCAGAACGGAGCCCAGGUGCCUAUGGCCGUCCUAUGUUCAACCAGAAGGCGUCGUCUUCCCGGAUGAUUCCGGCGAUUCCGAAGCCGACAGUGGAGCGCCAUGUGCCAGUAUCCGCGAAGUAUCACCAGUCAGCGCCGGUGAACGUUCCAGUGCGGUCGAAGGCGGUACGAAGGGCGCACGAGUUCAAAGCUGACGACAUCGAUGAUGGAGCGGAGGGGGAGAUGUUGCCGCCGCACGAGAUCGUGGCGAGGGGCUCUGAGCACUCGCCCGGACUGUCCUGCUCGGUUCUUGAAGGCGUGGGGAGGACGUUGAAGGGGAGAGAUCUGCGUCAGGUUCGCAAUGCGGUGUGGCGGCAAACAGGUUUUCUUGAUUGACGAUUUCAAUUUCGCUGUUGAUUGACUGGAAUGGUGUUUCUGGUCAUUAGCUUUGUAUGUAACUCUUUAAGUAUGCGUGUUUAGUUUUCUCAAGCUUUUAGUGGUAAAUUUGAGUACAUGCUGAUUAGAAUGAUGCUAAUUUCGUUCUCUUUCUCUUUUC